GUACAAAUUGAGAGGCCAUCGUGUUGUGAUGGGAAUUGUGAUUUGGGGAACAAAAGUAUCUGACAGUAACACAUUGCAGAGGUUGAUGUUGGUAUUGCAGAGCUGGGAUUAUGUAUACUUCGAGUGUUGGAGGAGAGGCUGACAAAGAUUUGAAAUCCGGAGUGUUGUCGUUGACUGGAACAGGCUUUCUUGGUGCUGUUUGCCGGAGCUUAGACUUGGGAGGUCAAACUGCGUUGGCCUUGCGGCUUCUCUUGGCGGUUUUCUCUUCUAAGUUAUCUUCUGUUGCUGACCGACCUUUUGGGGAUGAGUUUCGUGCUGCUCGGAAAGCUUCUGAGGAAGUUGGUGCACAGCUGGUUCUUGGAGACAGACCCAUCGAAAUCACACUCGAAAGGGCUUGGAACUCACUGAAAUGGGGAGAGAAGUAUAAUCUGGUGAUGGCUGUGACUCGGGCAAUCACAUCUUCAUCCAGUAUAUCCGCAGCUGAGCUUAAGGAACAAGAGACUGAUGAAAGCAAUGGAAGUUUGCAGCUAUACGAACGGCUAAGUUUCUCAUACCCAUCACUCUUACUGCCUCUAAUACACGAAAGAGACACCUAUCUAGCUUGGUCGUUGAAGAGGAGUAAAGCAGUGAACGGGUGUAAAACAGUGGUGGGAGUGAUCGGAAAAGGACACAUGAACGGUGUGAUCUAUGCAUUGGUGUCAGACUCCGGAGAUCUUCGGUUUAGAGACUUGGUGGGAAGAGGAGAUUCAUAUAAAGGUGGUACAACAUCAUCGGAAGGCUGGAUUCAAAAGGUUUUAAAAAGUCUCGCAAGAGACACCAUUAUAGGGUUAUUGUUAUGGGAGUUAUAUGAACUGUAUCUCAAGUUUGUGAUGAUGAACCAAAUCCCUCCAUGAUCUUGUUACAUAAACAACUUGUCAUUGCAAAUCCAAAAAUGAUAGUGUAAAAUGGGUAUAUAUAAUAUGAUUUUUUCCUUCUA